GCGGGGACGCGGCGACUUAGGGCCGCUCCGUGUGAGUGCGGCGCCGGCCCGGCCCCUGCCCCGCGCCCCUCCGCGCCGGCCGGCCGGCGGGCCCAGCUGUGCGGCGGCGGGCCGGCGCCCGGAGUGGAGUUAUGAAGACAGCAUGGAGUUUCCAGACCAUAGCAGACAUUUGCUGCAGUGUCUGCGCGAGCAGAGGCAUCAGGGUUUUCUGUGUGACUGCACUGUCCUGGUGGGAGAUGCCCAGUUCCGGGCGCACCGGGCUGUGCUGGCUUCAUGCAGCAUGUACUUCCACCUCUUUUACAAGGACCAGCUGGACAAAAGAGACAUUGUUCAUCUGAACAGCGACAUUGUUACAGCCCCAGCUUUCGCUCUCCUGCUUGAAUUCAUGUAUGAAGGGAAACUCCAGUUCAAAGACUUGCCCAUUGAAGACGUGCUAGCAGCUGCCAGUUAUCUCCACAUGUAUGACAUUGUCAAAGUCUGCAAAAAGAAGCUGAAAGAGAAAGCCACCACGGAGGCAGACAGCACCAAAAAGGAAGAAGAUGCUUCAAGUUGUUCAGACAAAGUCGAGAGUCUCUCGGAUGGCAGCAGCCACAUGGCAGGGGAUUUGCCCAGUGACGAAGAUGAAGGAGACGAUGAAAAAUUGAACAUCCUGCCCAGCAAAAGAGACUUGGCGGCCGAGCCUGGGAACAUGUGGAUGCGAUUGCCCUCAGACUCAGCAGGCAUCCCCCAGGCUGGCGGAGAGGCAGAGCCACACGCCACAGCAGCUGGAAAAACAGUAGCCAGCCCCUGCAGCUCAACAGAGUCUUUGUCCCAGAGGUCUGUCACCUCCGUGAGGGAUUCGGCAGAUGUUGACUGUGUGCUGGACCUGUCUGUCAAGUCCAGCCUUUCAGGAGUUGAAAAUCUGAACAGCUCUUAUUUCUCUUCACAGGACGUGCUGAGAAGCAACCUGGUGCAGGUGAAGGUGGAGAAAGAGGCUUCCUGUGAUGAGAGUGAUGUUGGCACUAAUGACUAUGACAUGGAACAUAGCACUGUGAAAGAAAGUGUGAGCACUAAUAACAGGGUACAGUAUGAGCCGGCCCAUCUGGCUCCUCUGAGGGAGGACUCGGUCCUGAGGGAGCUCGAGCGGGAGGACAAAGCCAGUGACGACGAGAUGAUGACCCCAGAGAACGAGCGGGUCCAGGUGGAGGGGAGCAUGGAGAGCAGCCUGCUGCCCUACGUCUCCAACAUCCUGAGCCCGGCCGGCCAGAUCUUCAUGUGCCCCCUGUGCAACAAGGUCUUCCCCAGCCCGCACAUCCUGCAGAUCCACCUGAGCACGCACUUCCGCGAGCAGGACGGCCUCCGCAGCAAGCCGGCCGCCGACGUCAACGUGCCCACCUGCUCGCUGUGCGGGAAGACUUUCUCGUGCAUGUACACGCUCAAGCGCCACGAGAGGACCCACUCGGGCGAGAAGCCCUACACGUGCACGCAGUGCGGCAAGAGCUUCCAGUACUCGCACAACCUGAGCCGCCACGCCGUGGUGCACACGCGCGAGAAGCCGCACGCCUGCAAGUGGUGCGAGCGCAGGUUCACGCAGUCCGGGGACCUGUACAGACACAUCCGCAAGUUCCACUGUGAGUUGGUGAACUCCUUGUCUGUCAAAAGCGAGGCGCUGAGCUUGCCCGCUGUCAGAGACUGGACCUUAGAAGAUAGCUCUCAAGAACUCUGGAAAUAAUUUUAUAUAUAUAUAAAUAAUAUAUAUAUACAUAUAUAUAAAUAGAUCUCUAUCUAGUUGUGGUACGGUCUAAAAGCAGUCUUGUUUCCUGGAACUAAGAAGUUGGGAUAUUAACUUGUUUUUGCACUUUAGAAUAGCAUGAGAAUCUCACUAAUUUAGCAUUCUGAUAAAAGAAACUUUAGCGCAAGUCGAGAAUAGAGAGGCGUUUUGCUUUCAAGGGGGCAGGGGAAGUGGGCCAAUAAGAACCUUUGAAACAAAUCGUCCUAUCACAAAAGGCUUUCUUAGGGCUUCAUUUUGUCAACAUUGCAUUGUCUUUUGAGCUCUCUCGUUUCCCCACUUUUUUUUUUUAAAGUAGAAAUUCCCUCCAGUUUUAUUAGCCUCUUUAUAUGUCUCAAAUUGCAUGAAUCUUUUCUGGCUGUUGGAAACCUGAAUGCUUUUAGACCCAAAUGGAAAAUUUCUGAAAUGCUGGAUUAUCUAUUUUUAAACAAGCAGUUGACUUAAAACUUUCUGUGGCAACUUCUGGUUUUCUGACGGUUCCCAAUGAGAGCAAUUCUGAGAGUACACUGGGAUCACUGGGACGCUGUCUGUGAAGGUUUGCUUGGGACGAACAAGGAUAGUGCAGCUUCAGCAGUGUUGAACUCUGUGUUGAAAAUGUGAAUUACUGUUAUUGUAUACUGUAAUUGAUUACAUGGGCUGGGGGGGUCAAAGAACUUGACAGGUUGUGUUGAUGCUCUUAGUUGAGUCUUGAAAAGUAAAUAUUAACGCUACAGAAAUGCAUGAGUUUCAAUAUAUUUUUUGUCUUUGUUUGCAUUGUAUAACUUUAACGAGUGAGUUUAAAAUUAUUUAAUUUCCUUAGAAAAAUAGCACCAUUUGGAAAAAAACUGGUGUUAUGAAGAACGUAAAUGCACUGUUUUUAUUUUUAUUUUAUAUAAUUUAAAUUGACUUUCCCACUGUCCUUAAGUUGAAACUGUUAAGCUGAAUAAAAACUUAAGCUGCAAAUUGAUAACUUCGCUACAUAACAAGGAAAAUAUAAAUGUUUACAAACGGCUUAAAGAUUUGCAUGUGCAGUGUGCAUUUAUAACAAACUUCUAAUUGCACAAGACCCAUGCCAGCUCAAAGUUUAGGUGUACACAUUUACCCAGUUGAGCAUUUUUAGAAUAACUACUGCACAAAUUGACAAUAGGUCAUUCUCUCUUUUUUUGCUCCCCUUUUCUUUCUCUCCCCUCCCUUACCCAACACCCCCCCCCCCCCCCCCCCCC